GCGUUCACAAUGCUCAAAACGCCUCAAAAUCCUAUCAAAAUACACGUGAGCGUGGCAUUGUGAACGUCAAGUGGAACGCACCCUAAGUUGGCUUCAGAAUACGGCAGUAGCUGGCAAUUUGCUGUCUAAUUUCGGCCGCAGAUUUCAGUCGAGUUGAUAUCAUUUGUUGUUCUUCAAAAGUUGCGGUCGGGUGAAAGGUUACAUUAGCUCGUAUAAAGAAAUUGUAUUUACUGAAAAUUGUUUGUAGAUUGUAAGGUGAAAAUUUGUCAAUAAUCAUGCCCCAAGGAAGAAGGAAAACUCCGUUUAGCGGAAAGAAGAAAAAAUUACAGAUGAAACUGAAAAAAAAAGUCCAUAAUGAAACGUCUGAUGAUAGUGAUUCCGAAAAUUCGAAAAUUAAAAAAAUUAAUAACCAGCCAACUGACAGAAAUGACAGAAACAGAUAUAAUCUUAAAUUCUUUCAAGAGUCUAAGGAAGAAUUACAAAAGCGUAAAGAAGAAGCCUGCCACUCAAUAGAACCCUUACCAUUAAAUAAUCAAGAAAUUUCCGAUAAUUAUUUUCCUCCUGGUUUGGAUAUGCCUAAACGACCUGAAUGGGAUUACAAUAUGAGUAAAGAACAAUUAGAUAUGAGGGAACAUAAAUACUUCACGCAAUACAUAAAGGAUUUAGAGACAUCGGGUAAAAUGAGUUACUUUGAGCUUAAUUUAGAAACCUGGAGACAACUAUGGAGAGUUCUUGAAAUGUCUGACAUAUUAUCAAUAAUUGUUGAUGUCCGAUAUUCAGUUUUAAUGUUUCCACCAUAUCUUUACAAUUAUAUAACAAAAGACUUAAAAAAAGAUGUUAUUUUGGUGAUCAACAAAGUAGAUUUAGCCCCUCCAGCAUUGGUCUUAGCAUGGCGUGAAUAUUUUACUACACACUAUCCUGACCUACGAAUCGUCUAUUUUACAUCUUAUCCAGCUUAUAAUUUGCAAGAAAGUUUUAGAGUACCGACGGUUUUAAAACCACGCAAGCGGAAAGGAAAAUUAAAGAUGGCUGCAGAAGGAGCUCAAGCACUAUUGGAAGAAUGUAAAAAAUUAGUUGGAGGUGAAGUUGACUUGAGCUCUUGGCAAGCGAAAAUAAAAGAAGAGAUGCAUUCAGAGUAUGACCUCGAUGAUAUUGAACACAAACACAAUGUCUCUGUCGAAGCAAAUGAUACAUCUUUCUUUAAGCAUGAAAGAUAUGGUAAUGGAAUAUUAACUAUUGGUUGUAUUGGUUAUCCUAACGUUGGAAAAUCGUCAUUCAUGAAUGCUGUUAUGGGUAACAAAAUUGUAAGUGUAUCGCGAACUCCAGGACAUACAAAACAUUUUCAAACUAUUUUUCUUACUAAGACUGUACGUCUUUGUGAUUGCCCGGGUCUUGUAUUUCCAUCAACUGUACCUAAACAACUUCAGAUUCUGAUGGGUUCUUAUCCUAUAGCUCAAGUACGAGAGCCUUAUACUGCUGUUAAAUAUCUUGCUGAACGAAUAGACCUGCCAAAAAUUCUUAAAAUUCAACAUCAAGACAAUGAUGAUACUUGGUCAGCUAUGGAUAUCUGUGAUAGCUGGGCAGCUAAACGAAAUUAUAUGACAGCUAAAGGUGCGAAAUUCGAUACUUAUCGAGCUGCUAAUUCUAUUCUUCGAAUGGCUUUAGAGGGAAAAAUAUGUUUAUUUGUUUAUCCACCAAGAUGGGCGACCAAUCAAGAAAAAUGGCAAAAUCAUCCUGAUGUAGAAACAAUCAAAUGGAUUCAAGCGAACAAUCAAGAAGUCAAAAAUAACCUUGAAGAAAGUGAUUUCUCUUCUGAAGAAGAUGCAAAUUGCGAUGAAAAAUUUCAACUGAAACAAAAUGAAAAUGACACGGAUGACGAUUCUGAUGAUGAGUGCAUAGAAUUACCUACAGCAAAAAAUAAAUUCGAUGUAUUAGCUGCUUCUUAAAUAUUUUCUUAUUUACAAUUAAGUAUCUUAAAUUCAGCUUCCUGUCCAUUAUGUGAUCUUAAACGCAUUCUGUUGGAAUUAGAGUAGAACUUUAAUUCCUUAAUAGGUUGAAAUAAACGAGACAUUUGUGUUUAUUUCUCUUGAAGAUUUACAAGAUUAA